AUGGGGGACUCCAGCGGCUCCGUGUCGGUCGACGUCGAGCGGAUCUUCUUCGGCGGCAAGGAACAUCGAGUAAGAACGAGGCAUGGCCCUCUAUCGGUUUCUGUAUAUGGAGACGAGGACAAGCCCGCGCUCGUAACUUAUCCGGAUGUAGCCUUAAAUCACAUGUCUUGCUUCCAAGGAUUGUUCUUCUGUCCAGAGGCUGCGUCGCUGUUACUUCACAAUUUCUGUGUGUACCACAUCACACCUCCAGGACACGAGUUAGGAGCAGCUCCGAUUUCAGCUGAUGUGCCUCUGCCAUCUGUUGAUGACCUUGCAGAUCAGGUUGCUGAUGUCCUCGAUUUUUUCAGUUUAGGUUCUGUCAUGUGCUUGGGUGUCACUGCUGGUGCCUAUGUUCUCACCCUCUUUGCAACGAAGUAUCGGGAGAGGGUUCUUGGCCUAAUGUUGGUUUCACCUGUAUGCAAAGCCCCCUCUUGGAGCGAGUGGUUGUAUAAUAAGGUAUUAUUAAACUUGCUUUAUUACUAUGGGACACGUGGGUUAGUCAAGGAAAGUUUGCUUCAGCGAUAUUUCAGCAUGGACGUUCGUGGUAACGGUCAAGAUCCUGAAUCAGAGAUUGUCCAAGCCUGCAGAAGUUUACUUGAUGAGAGGCAGGGAACUAAUGUCUGGCGGUUCCUUCAGGCAAUUAACAGGCGGCAUGAUUUAACGGAAUCAUUGAAGAAGCUUCAGUGCCGGACGCUGAUUUUUGUUGGAGAAAACUCACAGUUCCAUGCUGAUGCUGUCCACAUGACGACAAAGCUAGACCGGAGAUACUGCGCCCUAGUCGAGGUUCAGGCUUGUGGUUCACUUGUCACAGAAGAGCAGCCCCAUGCGAUGGUGAUCCCGAUGGAAUACUUCCUUAUGGGAUACGGGCUUUACAGGCCAUCCCAGCAGGAAAGCAGCCCCCGGAGCACACUGAGCCCGUUCUGCAUAUCGCCCGAGCUUCUAUCGCCGGAGAGCAUGGGAGUGAAGCUGAAGCCCAUCAAGACCCGCAUCUCGCUUAACGUUUAG